GAAAUAUAUUUUUCGAUUUUAAUUAUGUAAUUAACAUUAAAUUUUAUAAUGUCAAAGAAUAAUUAUAAUUUAUCUAAAUUAACUUUUUAUGAUAAGAAAAAAAUUUUGGAUCCUCCAGAUGUUUCAGACAUUAUAGUCUUGGAUAUUAACAAUGAAGACAAAAGUGACAAAUAUUCAUAUUUUAGCAGAAAUGAUUAUAAAGAAUACGCUAUAUGUACCGGGAAUUAUAUAAAUAAAUUAAAACAGGGUGACUGUGUUAUUUGGGAAUCUUGUAACAAGAAUGAUUGUUCACAUCUAGUAUUAUUUUACGAUGGUGAUGAUAAGUAUAUUGUAAUAGUUCCUUAUGAAGGGAAUUUAAUUCUUUUACACAAAUCUUCUGAUGGUUCUUGGAUUAAUAUAAAAACUAAAGUCGAUUUGAACAAAUUAGAAAUGUUCCAAAAAGAUGGUCUGACUUUAUUUAUAGGCUUUUUUCACUUUGAUCUACAAAUGUAUAAUUUAAAAUUUAUCUUUGAUAGUCUUUGUGAAGUCGUUAUUUAUGAGCGUAGGUUAAUUUAUAACCAUUGUGAUAGACCAAUACAUGGUCACCCAUACUCUUUGUGUUUCAAUUUAUUGGAUGGAACUAUUUCAAUUCACUUAACUGAUGAGUCAAUACUAACUUUUCAAAAUAUAAAGACGGAAUUACCUGAAAUAACAAAUUUUCCUAAUUCUGAUCGAAAUGAUCCUUAUAACUCUUCACAUUUUAAGCCUAAUCAUCUUGACGUUUAUGAAUGGGAGGAACUAUAUGAGCGACUAAUUCGAUACGGCUUUAAAAGAAAAGAUAUUUGUUCAUUUUUUAAAAAUUUUCAUGAUCAAUCUAUUGACAUCGAAUCUGAUCAUGCUAUUAUUGACGCUAAUUUGAUUAUGUCGACCGACAAAUAUGUAACGUAUUGCUCACCGUCAAAAAAGAGCUUUCACUGUAGACAAGGAUAUUAUUUUGGUAAAAUAAUAAAUCGUUCACUAUUUUGUGUAACUUCGGAUUUACCUGAGUAUGAUUAUAUUAAAAUAACAAUACGUAAUUUAGGUUAUUUAUCAACUGAAAAUAGUGAUCUUGAAUAUAAUUACAAAUAUACAGAUUUUACUUGUUCAAUAAAGCCAGAUAUAACAAGGUUGAAGUUCUACAACAUGAAAGAUAUUGAAAUCACUUCUGAUGGUUUUGAUGUCACACAUGACGAUUUUUUUUAUGCAAUUAGGUUCAAAACUGAGUUAUAUAGGGUUGUCUAUGAUGGCAAGGAGUACUGGAAUUAUAAUAGUGAUAAAAGCAAUGGAUUUCCUAACAAAAUCUACUUCACGGACUACAAUAAUGAUAUGAACGUUUGUUUCAAUGAUGGCAAAAUCGUAAAGGUAAAGAUUAAGGUUCACUUUUUAAAAUUAUAUACAACUGACGAGUUUGGUAAUACUAUUCCGAUAAGCGAGAACUACUAUAAAACUACAAAGUCACCAGGGCGCAUACUAUUAUAUAAAUUUAAGGAAGGUGUUAAGUGUACUGAGAUAUGGCAUUAUGAUGUAGAACUUGUAUGGAAGCACAAGCAGGGUGACCCUUAUCCGAUUUCAAUUUAUUAUAAUAAUGAAUUCCAUGAAGCAAGUAUAAGAUUUGAAAAAUACUUCAUUAUUUCAAUGAGAGGCCGCCAUAACACGACUUGGGAUACCCUCUUAUUUCCAAUUCCGAGACCUUUAAAACUAUUCCAACUUAAUGGGCAUGGUGAAACUGUAGAAUUGAAUGACAAACACUAUUUUUUAACCUGUGAUCACUUCGGAGACUUCCGAUAUAAAAUGAAUAAAAACGUUGAAUGCGUUGAGAUAAAACUAGGCGAUUUAAGUCUUUGGAGACACCAACCAUCAGACCAGUAUCCACACACAGUCGCUUAUUUACUUUUCCCCUGCUAUAUUAGAGGAUUUUGUAAAACUUUAAACAUUAAAUUUGAAAGAAAAAGAGGAAUUUGGAAUAGUAAAAUCCAUGUUCUUCCAUAGUGAUAAACAAUUUGUACUUAAUAUUCUAUCCCAAUUUAUAA